AUGAACAACAUUCUCCUGGACGUGGUGAAGGCAUGUGUCCACGCUGUGGUGUUAUUGGUUGUAGGUGUGUUGACGUAUGUGACCUUGGUGACGAUACGUGGCUCCCAGUAUCUGCGCCAUAAAGUUCGCUAUCAUCUGCUCCUGCAGCACUGUAUCUGUCUCACAGUCUUCUACGCUGUGGGCAGUGUGAUACACGGCAUUCGCUCCCUGCAUCUCCCCAUCACACGCCUUACCUGCUGGGUCCUGUUUGACAUCCAGGUGGUGUUUGGGGGUGGCAUCACCUUCACCCUCACCCUCAUGUGCAUGUGCACGUGUCUCGCUGUGUGCUGCCCGCUGCAAUUCGAACCGCUGGUGAACUACUACUACUUGUUGAUAAUAUUAGCAUGGAUCAUGGCUCUGAUAAACCCACUGGUUUAUACGGCGUUAGCGUUUGUACAGAAGUCAUGGCACUAUGUGAUCUCCCCAGACGAAAAGUGCCCCACAGCUCUGGAGGGAACAGAGUUCAGCAUGAACAUGCUGCUGUUUCUCAACAUCAUGGUGAUGCUUAUCUUCAGCAGUUACUUCCUCAUCUGUCUGGAGGGUCACCAAUUAGGUCAUUUCUCUUGGUCUAACAGAAGAGCACGUCGAACCAUCCUCAUCCACAUGCUGCAGUUCAGCCUGUACCUCGUACCCACUUACAUCGUCAUCUCCGGCAUGCACAUGGAGAUCGCUGGAGAAAUCGUCACUUUCCUGUUAUUCAGCAUGUCACAGGUUCUCAGUCCAGUCAUUUACAGUCUACAGUGUGAGGAAUUCAGCACAGAAAUCCCACAUUUAAUCCCUAAGUGCUGUUAUGAGUGUGUGACCCAUGAGCCCGGUGCAAGUGGGGAGCAGCGUGAAAGCCCCUGGUCAAGCAGACGUCCCUCAGUAGCAGUGAUCAGUACAGGAACCAGCACCAACCCGUGUACCAUUAAUCUCCACGUGUCUGCCAAUGACUCUGAUGAAAAGAACAACGAUCACAUUAGUGAAGAAUACGAGGAAACUUUAGUGUGA